AUGGACCCAUUUUAUGAGUCUGAUGGAGAUGAUAAUGGUGGUGAUGAUGCUUUCUAUGCUGAGAUAAGAAGGCAAAUUUUGCUUUUGACAGCAGAUGACGACAAAGAUUUUAACAAAAACAAUGAUUCGGGCUCCACUAGAGUCACCACACAUACCACAAACUAUGGCUACGCCAUUGCACAACCAUCGGGAAGCUAUUUCUUUUGGCCGGGAAAUGAGAACACUGAUACAAUACCCCCCCGGGUUUUGAACUUGUGGAGAACUGGCAAUGGCACAGGGGUGUUCAUACCCCAGGUGGUCAAGCCCAGAAGAAGACAUAAUAAGCCAAGAAGGAAGAAGAUUGACAAGGGAAGAACAUAUCAACCAGUGGCACACAAGAAUUGA